UCUCUCUCACACAUAGUCACACACAGUUACACUCACACAUACACAUCACAUUGGAUAACAGUUACACACCACAUUUCCCCUGAGCCAGAUGCUACUUUGAGGAAAAGGACAACCUGCUGCGGAAGGAUUUUACCUGCUGUUUCUUUCUUAAGAAAGGAGUAUAAAAACAGGAAUAAAAACUAACACACGAGACAGUUUCAGUUUGUUCCUGGACAUGGUCAACAUGACACCAGCAUGACACCCUCCUGUUUGGAUUCCCUCCUCAGGCCAAAAUCCUGAAAAUGAUGGAUGAGAACAAGCAGCUGGCUCAGAGGAUCAACGGGGCCAGCCAGUCGGCCAGCCAGGAGGUGACCAACCUGCGAUCGGAGCUUGGGGCCACCGACCGGGAGCGUGACCCCUUCAUGGAGAAUCACGACCCGCAGCACAACCACCACCACAAUCCCUCUGUACACCAGAGGCAGAACCCGCCAGCCACCGAUCUCUGCUACAAGAGUGAUAUCAGCAGCCUUAUGGAGUUCAGCACCCCAGACUCCUCUCUGGACAAAGAUUCAGUACAGCUAUAGUGUCCAUGUCCUGGCCUCUAUAUAGGCCUGUGGGAUGGUGAGAGCACUGGUAACUGAUGAUCGCACCAGUGCACACAAGUCCCUCCUGGGUAAUCCAACCUGGCAACGCAGACAGAUCCAGUAUGGAUCCUCCAGCCCCAGUCAGGCUCUCCCUGUGCCUGGAGCUGGCUGGAAAAUCAUGACGUUGUAUUUAGGACUUCAGCUCAGUGCUAGUGUAUGAUUGWCAGUGCAAGGCUGCAUGUACAGUGGGACUAACGGGAUCUAGGAUCAGUGUACCAUACCAGAGUCCAAAUUGCAUGUUUUUCGAGGUAAUGAGUAAAACUGACCUUGGAUCAGUGCUUUUGGGGCACCUACAGUGGUUCCUCCUUUAAAGUUGCGUCAUACUGCGGCACACCUUGCAGGCUGCUGCAGCGUUCUGUGGCAUGUUAUCUAUUUGUCAGCCAUUUUUUUCUGUUAAUGCAAGUUAUUGCUAGUUUGACCACCAGAGGGCAUCUUUGAGAAG